UUGACGUGCCAGCCUCUUCCCUGAAAGAGCUUGGAGUCUUGAUCUUGUCGGUGGGAUCAGUAGACUCAGAUAGCAAUGAAUUGCAGAAGAUCUCAAAUGACCCUAGUUCCACACUGUCAGUGAGAGACUUUACCUACCUCCCCAAUGUGCAAGAGCAGCUGCUCUCCAUUGUUAACGCUGCGCCCAUAGGAGCCACAGGUAUCUCUCCCCCAACACGAGUUGAGACUCAUCUACCAAGAAGAGAUGUUGUAUUCCUCCUGGAUGGUUCACAAGGCAAUAGGAAUGGGUUCCCAGCAAUGAUAGAAUUUGUUCAACGUGUGGUGGAGAGGUUGAACAUAGGCGAGAACAAUGAUCGUGUUUCUGUAGUCCAGUUCAGCAGAGAUGCUAGGAUCCAUUUCUACCUUAACACAUACACAACAAAGGAGGACAUUCUAGGCCAAGUCAGAGGUAUAACACCCAAUGGAGGAGGGCCCGUGAUGAUGGGGGCAGCUCUACAGUAUGUCAAAGACAACAUCUUUACGGCCUCCUCGGGUAGCAGACGCCUGGAAGGGGUACCACAGCUCCUGAUCCUGCUGAGUGGAGGAAGGGCAUAUGACAAUGUGGAUAUCCCCUCCUCAGCACUGAAGGAUCUGGGAGUCUUGAUAUUCGGAAUAGGAUCAGGGGCCUCUGAUAUCAGUGAACUGGAGAGAAUUUCAUUUGAUCCUAAUUUUGCUCUGACUGUGUCAGAUUUCAAAAAUCUCCCAAAUGUCGAAAAGCUAUUAUUGACUUCUAUGGACGCUGUGGCAGUUCCCAUCUCUCCAACGUCCUCACCUUCUCUUGUUGACUCUGAGGUUCCCAGAAAGGAUGUUGUGUUCCUGUUGGAUGGGUCAGAUGGGACUAGGAAUGGCUUUGCUUCCAUGCUUGCCUUUGUAGAAAGACUAGUGGAAAUAUUUAACAUUGAUGACAACAUGGACCGUGUGUCAGUGGUCCAGUACAGUACAAAUGCUGAGGUGCAUUUCGAUCUGAAUUCUUAUUCGACAAGAGAUGAAAUCCUCAAUGCCAUCAGCAAUGUAAAGCACAAAGGCGGAAGACGUGUUAACACAGGGUCAGCUCUCCAGUUUGUGAGAGAAAACGUCUUCACCGCCUCUGCUGGCAGUAGACUUCAACAGGGCGUACCCAAUAUUCUCAUCCUGAUCAGGGGAUCAAGGUCAACCGAUAAUGUUGAUCAGCCGGCCACCGCCUUGAAAGAGAGUGGAGUCUUAAUUUUUGGUGUUGCCACCAGGAAUGUGAGCAGUGAAAUUGAGCGAAUUGCAAAUAGUCCCUUCUAUACUCAAACCGUUUCUGAGCUCUCAGACCUAGCCAGUGUCCCGAAACAAUUUUACACCUCUUUCAGAAGUGCACUUCUUGAUGUAAUGCCAGUGAAACCUACAGUUAUAGUUGAACAAAGAUUUAAGCCGAAGGAUGUCGUAUUCCUUCUGGAUGGGUCCGACGGCACUCGGAAUUCUUUCCCAGCAAUUCGUGAUUUCGUUGAAAGCACUGUGGAGAGAUUAAGUGUAUCAGAGGGGAGAGACCAGGUCUCUGUAGUCCAAUUCAGCAGAGAUCCAGAGGUGCAUUUCUAUCUCAACACAUACGCAGCAAAGGAGAGUGUUCUUAACACGGUUAGAGGCCUGAAUCAUAAGGGAGGGAGACCCCUCAACACGGGAAUGGCUCUGCAGUAUGUGAGAGACAAUGUUUUCACUCCUUCUUCUGGGAGCAGACGUUCACAGGGUGUUCCUCAGGUAUUGAUUUUGCUGAGUGGAGGACGGUCAUUUGAUAACGUUGACGUGCCAGCCUCUUCCCUGAAAGAGCUUGGAGUCUUGAUCUUGUCGGUGGGAUCAGUAGACUCAGAUAGCAAUGAAUUGCAGAAAAUCUCAAAUGACCCUAGAUCCACACUGUCAGUGAGAGACUUUACCUACCUCCCCAAUGUGCAAGAGCAGCUGCUCUCCAUUGUUAACGCUGCGCCCAUAGGAGCCACAGGUAUCUCUCCCCCAACACGAGUUGAGACUCAUCUACCAAGAAGAGAUGUUGUAUUCCUCCUGGAUGGUUCACAAGGCAAUAGGAAUGGGUUCCCAGCAAUGAUAGAAUUUGUUCAACGUGUGGUGGAGAGGUUGAACAUAGGCGAGAACAAUGAUCGUGUUUCUGUAGUCCAGUUCAGCAGAGAUGCUAGGAUCCAUUUCUACCUUAACACAUACACAACAAAGGAGGACAUUCUAGGCCAAGUCAGAGGUAUAACACCCAAUGGAGGAGGGCCCGUGAUGAUGGGGGCAGCUCUACAGUAUGUCAAAGACAACAUCUUUACGGCCUCCUCGGGUAGCAGACGCCUGGAAGGGGUACCACAGCUCCUGAUCCUGCUGAGUGGAGGAAGGGCAUAUGACAAUGUGGAUAUCCCCUCCUCAGCACUGAAGGAUCUGGGAGUCUUGAUAUUCGGAAUAGGAUCAGGGGCCUCUGAUAUCAGUGAACUGGAGAGAAUUUCAUUUGAUCCUAAUUUUGCUCUGACUGUGUCAGAUUUCAAAAAUCUCCCAAAUGUCGAAAAGCUAUUAUUGACUUCUAUGGACGCUGUGGCAGUUCCCAUCUCUCCAACGUCCUCACCUUCUCUUGUUGACUCUGAGGUUCCCAGAAAGGAUGUUGUGUUCCUGUUGGAUGGGUCAGAUGGGACUAGGAAUGGCUUUGCUUCCAUGCUUGCCUUUGUAAAAAAACUAGUGGAAAUAUUUAACAUUGAUGACAACAUGGACCGUGUGUCAGUGGUCCAGUACAGUACAAAUGCUGAGGUGCAUUUCAAUCUGAAUUCUUAUUCGACAAGAGAUGAAAUCCUCAAUGCCAUCAGCAAUGUAAAGCACAAAGGCGGAAGACGUGUUAACACAGGGUCAGCUCUCCAGUUUGUGAGAGAAAACGUCUUCACCGCCUCUGCUGGCAGUAGACUUCAACAGGGCGUACCCAAUAUUCUCAUCCUGAUCAGGGGAUCAAGGUCAACCGAUAAUGUUGAUCAGCCGGCCACCGCCUUGAAAGAGAGUGGAGUCUUAAUUUUUGGUGUUGCCACCAGGAAUGUGAGCAGUGAAAUUGAGCGAAUUGCAAAUAGUCCCUUCUAUACUCAAACCGUUUCUGAGCUCUCAGACCUAGCCAGUGUCCCGAAACAAUUUUACACCUCUUUCAGAAGUGCACUUCUUGAUGUAAUGCCAGUGAAACCUACAGUUAUAGUUGAACAAAGAUUUAAGCCGAAGGAUGUCGUAUUCCUUCUGGAUGGGUCCGACGGCACUCGGAAUUCUUUCCCAGCAAUUCGUGAUUUCGUUGAAAGCACUGUGGAGAGAUUAAGUGUAUCAGAGGGGAGAGACCAGGUCUCUGUAGUCCAAUUCAGCAGAGAUCCAGAGGUGCAUUUCUAUCUCAACACAUACGCAGCAAAGGAGAGUGUUCUUAACACGGUUAGAGGCCUGAAUCAUAAGGGAGGGAGACCCCUCAACACGGGAAUGGCUCUGCAGUAUGUGAGAGACAGUGUUUUCACUCCUUCUUCUGGGAGCAGACGUUCACAGGGUGUUCCUCAGGUAUUGAUUUUGCUGAGUGGAGGAAGGUCAUUUGAUAACGUUGACGUGCCAGCCUCUUCCCUGAAGGAGCUUGGAGUCUUGAUCUUGUCGGUGGGAUCAGUAGACUCAGAUAGCAAUGAAUUGCAGAAGAUCUCAAAUGACCCUAGUUCCACACUGUCAGUGAGAGACUUUACCUACCUCCCCAAUGUGCAAGAGCAGCUGCUCUCCAUUGUUAACGCUGCGCCCAUAGGAGCCACAGGUAUCUUUCCCCCAACACGAGUUGAGACUCAUCUACCAAGAAGAGAUGUUGUAUUCCUCCUGGAUGGUUCACAAGGCAAUAGGAAUGGGUUCCCAGCAAUGAUAGAAUUUGUUCAACGUGUGGUGGAGAGGUUGAACAUAGGCGAGAACAAUGAUCGUGUUUCUGUAGUCCAGUUCAGCAGAGAUGCUAGGAUCCAUUUCUACCUUAACACAUACACAACAAAGGAGGACAUUCUAGGCCAAGUCAGAGGUAUAACACCCAAUGGAGGAGGGCCCGUGAUGAUGGGGGCAGCUCUACAGUAUGUCAAAGACAACAUCUUUACGGCCUCCUCGGGUAGCAGACGCCUGGAAGGGGUACCACAGCUCCUGAUCCUGCUGAGUGGAGGAAGGGCAUAUGACAAUGUGGAUAUCCCCUCCUCAGCACUGAAGGAUCUGGGAGUCUUGAUAUUCGGAAUAGGAUCAGGGGCCUCUGAUAUCAGUGAACUGGAGAGAAUUUCAUUUGAUCCUAAUUUUGCUCUGACUGUGUCAGAUUUCAAAAAUCUCCCAAAUGUCGAAAAGCUAUUAUUGACUUCUAUGGACGCUGUGGCAGUUCCCAUCUCUCCAACGUCCUCACCUUCUCUUGUUGACUCUGAGGUUCCCAGAAAGGAUGUUGUGUUCCUGUUGGAUGGGUCAGAUGGGACUAGGAAUGGCUUUGCUUCCAUGCUUGCCUUUGUAAAAAGACUAGUGGAAAUAUUUAACAUUGAUGACAACAUGGACCGUGUGUCAGUGGUCCAGUACAGUACAAAUGCUGAGGUGCAUUUCGAUCUAAAUUCUUAUUCAACAAGAGAUGAAAUCCUCAAUGCCAUCAGCAAUGUAAAGCACAAAGGCGGAAGACGUGUUAACACAGGGUCAGCUCUCCAGUUUGUGAGAGAAAACGUCUUCACCGCCUCUGCUGGCAGUAGACUUCAACAGGGUGUACCCAAUAUUCUCAUCCUGAUCAGGGGAUCGAGGUCAACCGAUAAUGUUGAUCAGCCGGCCACCGCCUUGAAAGAGAGUGGAGUCUUAAUUUUUGGUGUUGCCACCAGGAAUGUGAGCAGUGAAAUUGAGCGAAUUGCAAAUAGUCCUUUCUAUACUCAAACCGUUUCUGAGCUCUCAGACCUAGCCAGUGUCCCGAAACAAUUUUACACCUCUUUCAGAAGUGCACUUCUUGAUGUAAUGCCAGUGAAACCUACAGUUAUAGUUGAACAAAGAUUUAAGCCGAAGGAUGUCGUAUUCCUUCUGGAUGGGUCCGACGGCACUCGGAAUUCUUUCCCAGCAAUUCGUGAUUUCGUUGAAAGCACUGUGGAGAGAUUAAGUGUAUCAGAGGGGAGAGACCAGGUCUCUGUAGUCCAAUUCAGCAGAGAUCCAGAGGUGCAUUUCUAUCUCAACACAUACGCAGCAAAGGAGAGUGUUCUUAACACGGUUAGAGGCCUGAAUCAUAAGGGAGGGAGACCCCUCAACACGGGAAUGGCUCUGCAGUAUGUGAGAGACAAUGUUUUCACUCCUUCUUCUGGGAGCAGACGUUCACAGGGUGUUCCUCAGGUAUUGAUUUUGCUGAGUGGAGGAAGGUCAUUUGAUAACGUUGACGUGCCAGCCUCUUCCCUGAAAGAGCUUGGAGUCUUGAUCUUGUCGGUGGGAUCAGUAGACUCAGAUAGCAAUGAAUUGCAGAAGAUCUCAAAUGACCCUAGUUCCACACUGUCAGUGAGAGACUUUACCUACCUCCCCAAUGUGCAAGAGCAGCUGCUCUCCAUUGUUAACGCUGCGCCCAUAGGAGCCACAGGUAUCUCUCCCCCAACACGAGUUGAGACUCAUCUACCAAGAAGAGAUGUUGUAUUCCUCCUGGAUGGUUCACAAGGCAAUAGGAAUGGGUUCCCAGCAAUGAUAGAAUUUGUUCAACGUGUGGUGGAGAGGUUGAACAUAGGCGAGAACAAUGAUCGUGUUUCUGUAGUCCAGUUCAGCAGAGAUGCUAGGAUCCAUUUCUACCUUAACACAUACACAACAAAGGAGGACAUUCUAGGCCAAGUCAGAGGUAUAACACCCAAUGGAGGAGGGCCCGUGAUGAUGGGGGCAGCUCUACAGUAUGUCAAAGACAACAUCUUUACGGCCUCCUCGGGUAGCAGACGCCUGGAAGGGGUACCACAGCUCCUGAUCCUGCUGAGUGGAGGAAGGGCAUAUGACAAUGUGGAUAUCCCCUCCUCAGCACUGAAGGAUCUGGGAGUCUUGAUAUUCGGAAUAGGAUCAGGGGCCUCUGAUAUCAGUGAACUGGAGAGAAUUUCAUUUGAUCCUAAUUUUGCUCUGACUGUGUCAGAUUUCAAAAAUCUCCCAAAUGUCGAAAAGCUAUUAUUGACUUCUAUGGACGCUGUGGCAGUUCCCAUCUCUCCAACGUCCUCACCUUCUCUUGUUGACUCUGAGGUUCCCAGAAAGGAUGUUGUGUUCCUGUUGGAUGGGUCAGAUGGGACUAGGAAUGGCUUUGCUUCCAUGCUUGCCUUUGUAAAAAGACUAGUGGAAAUAUUUAACAUUGAUGACAACAUGGACCGUGUGUCAGUGGUCCAGUACAGUACAAAUGCUGAGGUGCAUUUCGAUCUGAAUUCUUAUUCGACAAGAGAUGAAAUCCUCAAUGCCAUCAGCAAUGUAAAGCACAAAGGCGGAAGACGUGUUAACACAGGGUCAGCUCUCCAGUUUGUGAGAGAAAACGUCUUCACCGCCUCUGCUGGCAGUAGACUUCAACAGGGUGUACCCAAUAUUCUCAUCCUGAUCAGGGGAUCAAGGUCAACCGAUAAUGUUGAUCAGCCGGCCACCGCCUUGAAAGAGAGUGGAGUCUUAAUUUUUGGUGUUGCCACCAGGAAUGUGAGCAGUGAAAUUGAGCGAAUUGCAAAUAGUCCCUUCUAUACUCAAACCGUUUCUGAGCUCUCAGACCUAGCCAGUGUCCCGAAACAAUUUUACACCUCUUUCAGAAGUGCACUUCUUGAUGUAAUGCCAGUGAAACCUACAGUUAUAGUUGAACAAAGAUUUAAGCCGAAGGAUGUCGUAUUCCUUCUGGAUGGGUCCGACGGCACUCGGAAUUCUUUCCCAGCAAUUCGUGAUUUCGUUGAAAGCACUGUGGAGGGAUUAAGUGUAUCAGAGGGGAGAGACCAGGUCUCUGUAGUCCAAUUCAGCAGAGAUCCAGAGGUGCAUUUCUAUCUCAACACAUACGCAGCAAAGGAGAGUGUUCUUAACACGGUUAGAGGCCUGAAUCAUAAGGGAGGGAGACCCCUCAACACGGGAAUGGCUCUGCAGUAUGUGAGAGACAGUGUUUUCACUCCUUCUUCUGGGAGCAGACGUUCACAGGGUGUUCCUCAGGUAUUGAUUUUGCUGAGUGGAGGAAGGUCAUUUGAUAACGUUGACGUGCCAGCCUCUUCCCUGAAAGAGCUUGGAGUCUUGAUCUUGUCGGUGGGAUCAGUAGACUCAGAUAGCAAUGAAUUGCAGAAGAUCUCAAAUGACCCUAGUUCCACACUGUCAGUGAGAGACUUUACCUACCUCCCCAAUGUGCAAGAGCAGCUGCUCUCCAUUGUUAACGCUGCGCCCAUAGGAGCCACAGGUAUCUCUCCCCCAACACGAGUUGAGACUCAUCUACCAAGAAGAGAUGUUGUAUUCCUCCUGGAUGGUUCACAAGGCAAUAGGAAUGGGUUCCCAGCAAUGAUAGAAUUUGUUCAACGUGUGGUGGAGAGGUUGAACAUAGGCGAGAACAAUGAUCGUGUUUCUGUAGUCCAGUUCAGCAGAGAUGCUAGGAUCCAUUUCUACCUUAACACAUACACAACAAAGGAGGACAUUCUAGGCCAAGUCAGAGGUAUAACACCCAAUGGAGGAGGGCCCGUGAUGAUGGGGGCAGCUCUACAGUAUGUCAAAGACAACAUCUUUACGGCCUCCUCGGGUAGCAGACGCCUGGAAGGGGUACCACAGCUCCUGAUCCUGCUGAGUGGAGGAAGGGCAUAUGACAAUGUGGAUAUCCCCUCCUCAGCACUGAAGGAUCUGGGAGUCUUGAUAUUCGGAAUAGGAUCAGGGGCCUCUGAUAUCAGUGAACUGGAGAGAAUUUCAUUUGAUCCUAAUUUUGCUCUGACUGUGUCAGAUUUCAAAAAUCUCCCAAAUGUCGAAAAGCUAUUAUUGACUUCUAUGGACGCUGUGGCAGUUCCCAUCUCUCCAACGUCCUCACCUUCUCUUGUUGACUCUGAGGUUCCCAGAAAGGAUGUUGUGUUCCUGUUGGAUGGGUCAGAUGGGACUAGGAAUGGCUUUGCUUCCAUGCUUGCCUUUGUAAAAAGACUAGUGGAAAUAUUUAACAUUGAUGACAACAUGGACCGUGUGUCAGUGGUCCAGUACAGUACAAAUGCUGAGGUGCAUUUCGAUCUGAAUUCUUAUUCGACAAGAGAUGAAAUCCUCAAUGCCAUCAGCAAUGUAAAGCACAAAGGCGGAAGACGUGUUAACACAGGGUCAGCUCUCCAGUUUGUGAGAGAAAACGUCUUCACCGCCUCUGCUGGCAGUAGACUUCAACAGGGUGUACCCAAUAUUCUCAUCCUGAUCAGGGGAUCAAGGUCAACCGAUAAUGUUGAUCAGCCGGCCACCGCCUUGAAAGAGAGUGGAGUCUUAAUUUUUGGUGUUGCCACCAGGAAUGUGAGCAGUGAAAUUGAGCGAAUUGCAAAUAGUCCCUUCUAUACUCAAACCGUUUCUGAGCUCUCAGACCUAGCCAGUGUCCCGAAACAAUUUUACACCUCUUUCAGAAGUGCACUUCUUGAUGUAAUGCCAGUGAAACCUACAGUUAUAGUUGAACAAAGAUUUAAGCCGAAGGAUGUCGUAUUCCUUCUGGAUGGGUCCGACGGCACUCGGAAUUCUUUCCCAGCAAUUCGUGAUUUCGUUGAAAGCACUGUGGAGAGAUUAAGUGUAUCAGAGGGGAGAGACCAGGUCUCUGUAGUCCAAUUCAGCAGAGAUCCAGAGGUGCAUUUCUAUCUCAACACAUACGCAGCAAAGGAGAGUGUUCUUAACACGGUUAGAGGCCUGAAUCAUAAGGGAGGGAGACCCCUCAACACGGGAAUGGCUCUGCAGUAUGUGAGAGACAGUGUUUUCACUCCUUCUUCUGGGAGCAGACGUUCACAGGGUGUUCCUCAGGUAUUGAUUUUGCUGAGUGGAGGAAGGUCAUUUGAUAACGUUGACGUGCCAGCCUCUUCCCUGAAAGAGCUUGGAGUCUUGAUCUUGUCGGUGGGAUCAGUAGACUCAGAUAGCAAUGAAUUGCAGAAGAUCUCAAAUGACCCUAGUUCCACACUGUCAGUGAGAGACUUUACCUACCUCCCCAAUGUGCAAGAGCAGCUGCUCUCCAUUGUUAACGCUGCGCCCAUAGGAGCCACAGGUAUCUCUCCCCCAACACGAGUUGAGACUCAUCUACCAAGAAGAGAUGUUGUAUUCCUCCUGGAUGGUUCACAAGGCAAUAGGAAUGGGUUCCCAGCAAUGAUAGAAUUUGUUCAACGUGUGGUGGAGAGGUUGAACAUAGGCGAGAACAAUGAUCGUGUUUCUGUAGUCCAGUUCAGCAGAGAUGCUAGGAUCCAUUUCUACCUUAACACAUACACAACAAAGGAGGACAUUCUAGGCCAAGUCAGAGGUAUAACACCCAAUGGAGGAGGGCCCGUGAUGAUGGGGGCAGCUCUACAGUAUGUCAAAGACAACAUCUUUACGGCCUCCUCGGGUAGCAGACGCCUGGAAGGGGUACCACAGCUCCUGAUCCUGCUGAGUGGAGGAAGGGCAUAUGACAAUGUGGAUAUCCCCUCCUCAGCACUGAAGGAUCUGGGAGUCUUGAUAUUCGGAAUAGGAUCAGGGGCCUCUGAUAUCAGUGAACUGGAGAGAAUUUCAUUUGAUCCUAAUUUUGCUCUGACUGUGUCAGAUUUCAAAAAUCUCCCAAAUGUCGAAAAGCUAUUAUUGACUUCUAUGGACGCUGUGGCAGUUCCCAUCUCUCCAACGUCCUCACCUUCUCUUGUUGACUCUGAGGUUCCCAGAAAGGAUGUUGUGUUCCUGUUGGAUGGGUCAGAUGGGACUAGGAAUGGCUUUGCUUCCAUGCUUGCCUUUGUAAAAAGACUAGUGGAAAUAUUUAACAUUGAUGACAACAUGGACCGUGUGUCAGUGGUCCAGUACAGUACAAAUGCUGAGGUGCAUUUCGAUCUGAAUUCUUAUUCGACAAGAGAUGAAAUCCUCAAUGCCAUCAGCAAUGUAAAGCACAAAGGCGGAAGACGUGUUAACACAGGGUCAGCUCUCCAGUUUGUGAGAGAAAACGUCUUCACCGCCUCUGCUGGCAGUAGACUUCAACAGGGUGUACCCAAUAUUCUCAUCCUGAUCAGGGGAUCAAGGUCAACCGAUAAUGUUGAUCAGCCGGCCACCGCCUUGAAAGAGAGUGGAGUCUUAAUUUUUGGUGUUGCCACCAGGAAUGUGAGCAGUGAAAUUGAGCGAAUUGCAAAUAGUCCUUUUUAUACUCAGACUGUUUCUAAGCUCUCAGACCUAGCCAGUGUCCCGAAACAAUUUUACACCUCUUUCAGAAGUGCACUUCUUGAUGUAAUGCCAGUGAACCCUACAGUUAUAGUGUCUCAGGGACCCAGAAGAGAUAUUAUCUUUUUGGUUGAUGGAUCUGAUGGUAUUGGGAGAGAGUUUCCCAUUAUCCAGCAAUUUGUUCGUGAAGUUGUAGAGACCCUAGAUGUAGGUGAAAACAAAAUUCGAGUAAGUGUAGUGCAGUAUGGAGACACUCCACAAGUGGAUUUCUAUCUCAAUUCCCACAGGACCAAAGAGGAGGUCUUGAAUGCCCUCCAGGCACUCAGACAACGCGGAGGUAGAAAGCGUAACCUGGGCAGGGCAUUUGAUCAUAUUCGUCUUAAUUUAUUGGAUUCUGCUCGUGGGAGCAGGAGGCAAGAGGGUGUCCCACAGUUACUGAUAGUAAUCUCAGGAGGAAAAGCAACAGAUAAUGUAGAAACAUCAGUAACUUCACUGAAACAGUCAGGAGUUGUAUCUUUCAGUAUAGGGACGAGAGACACUGGCAGUCGAGAGCUUCAGUUGGUCUCCUAUGCGCCUAGAUUUGCUUACUUAGUAGAUGAUUUGCCUGGCCUUUACACUGUCAAAGAUCAACUCAGCACCACUGUGACAGAAUUAUCUGAUGAAGAACUGAGGACACUGCAACCAGUUUAUCCCACAGUAACAACAGUGUCAACUGGAGAGAAGAAGGAUGUGGUCUUCCUGAUUGAUGGAACAACUAUGAUGCAGAGAGACUUCCCUGCUAUACAACAGACGAUUUUGAACAUUGCAGAGAAUCUAGAUGUUGGAUUAAACAAGGUGAGGAUUUCAGUAGUACAGUACAGUGAAGACCCAAAAUUGGAGUUCCUUCUUAAUGAGCACUCAACCAAGGAAGAGGUACGCCAGGCAGUGAGAAGAAUGAGACUUAAAGGAGGCAGAAUACUUAAUACUGGCCAAGCACUGAACUGGGUCUCAAGGAACAUCUACCAGAGAUCAGCUGGCAGUCGAAUUGAAGAAGGUGUGCCACAGUUUCUUAUCCUAGUCACUGGAGGAAAGUCCAAUGAUGAUGUAUCUGGUCCUGCUAACCAGCUGAAGUUGAGUUAUGUAGCUCCUAUGGCUGUUGGGUCUGGAAAUGCUGAUUCUGAAGAGCUAAAACUAAUUUCCUUAAGACCAGGAGAUGCACACAUCAUUAGAAACUUCCAACAAAAACCAGGAUUGGAACAACGACUUUUGACAGCAGUUAACACACUGACACCAGCAGAAAUCCGAGAAGCUGUACAAACUAUGGAUAUAGGUUUGGAUCUUGGAAAAAAGGACAUUAUUUUCCUAAUUGAUGGUUCUGAUAGUGUUGGUACAAGUGGAAUUGCUCACAUCCGUGACUUUAUAUUAAAGAUCAUCCAACAAGUCAAUGUGCAGCCUGACCAAGUGCGUGUGGCUGUGGUACAGUAUGCAGAGAGACCCAAGACCGAGUUCUCACUUGUGUCCCAUAGCAACAAGAAGUCAGUCAUUUCAGCUAUUAAGCGAUUGCGUCACAUGGGUGGUCGUGGUGGAAACUUAGCCAAUGCAAUUCAGUAUGUAAUUGAUAAUGAAUUAAAGGAAUCUAAAGGAGCUCGACUGGACACAGCCUCUCAGCAUUUGGUGGUGCUCACAGGUGGAAGGUCAACCUCUGAUGUCUCUUCUUAUGGACCAAUUCUCAAAAAAUCCCAGGUUAAGUGUAUGGGAAUUGGUGCUGGGGCAGCGGAUUCAAGACAACUUAGUCAGAUUGCGACUACACCAGAUGAUGUCUUCCAAGUGGCAACCUUCCCAGCACUGCCAAAUAUAGAGAACCAAUUUAUUGCAAGGCUCAGUGGAACUGUGGUGAUUACAACCACUGUGGCUCCCACACCUUCUGGUCCAAAGCCAAAGCUUGGUGACAUUGUUUUCUUGGUUGACGGUUCGAUAAACCUUGGGAAGGAAAAUUUCGAUACGACCAUGACCUUUAUCAGAGAGCUUAUUGAUCUCUUUGUCACAGAGAAUGACAGCUUCCAGAUUGGCUUGGCACACUAUGCCACUGAUGUCACAGAUGAUUUCUACUUAAAUACAUAUAAUAACAAAGAUGACAUCUUGGAGGCUAUCAGCAAAACUGAGUACAAGGGUGGUUUUAAAAUUAACACAGGUAAUGCCAUUAGGCAUGUUCACCAAACACACUUUGUGAAGGAGAAAGGUAGUCGGAAGGAUGAGGGAGUCCCUCAGAUCCUAAUGUUGGUGACGGGUGGACGUUCACAAGAUGAUGGAAAAUCAGCAGCACUGGCCCUUAAAAAUGCAGGUGUCCGUGUCUAUGCAAUUGGUGUGGGUGACCUUGAAAAUGAGCUCAAUGACUUGGCCAGUGAGUCUACCACAGUGGCCCGGGCCAGUACCUUCCAGGAGCUUUCAGAACUGAAUGAGCGGAUUUUGGACACACUUGUAGAUGAUGUCAUGGGAAAACUUUGUACAGGAGUGAAAGAUGUAACAAAGGCUUGCAACUUGGAUGUCCUUGUGGGCUUUGAUGUGGCUGGUCAGAACAUCUUUACAUCUCAAAGAUCAUUGGAGUCCAAGAUGGCUGCCAUUCUGCAGCGAAUUACUCAGUUGCAGGCUAUUAGCUGUUCUUCUGGUCAAGUUCCAUCAGUACAGGUGGCUAUAUCGGCAUUGGACUCUGCUCAGGAGCCUGUUCAUGUGGAGUUUACUGAUAACCAUUCCAAGCUCAUUGAGUCCUUCAGGUCCUUACACAACCGUGGACCAUAUUUCUUGAAUGACAAGACAAUUGAUGUAUAUGCUGCAAGGUUUAAGGAGCGUCCUUCAGACAGAGUUAAGGUUGUAAUACACCUCACUGAAGGAUUGAAUGCCAAGUAUAAUGUAAUGAAAGAGCGAGUGGAGCAGAUGCGAAUUUCAGGAGUCAAUGCUUUUAUCUUGGUUGGUCUCGAGGGGGUAAAAGACUUUGAGAAUGCAGUGUUACUGGAAUUUGGACGGGGCUUUAGGUCCAAACCUUUGCGUAUGAAUCUAAUGGACUUGGACUAUGAACUGCUAGAGGAAUUAGAUAAUAUUGCUGAAAUGGAGUGUUGCUCAGUCCCAUGCAAGUGCACAGGCCAGAGAGGCUACAGAGGAGGUUUUGGUCCUCCAGGAUUAAAGGGAUCACCUGGAAACCAAGGCUACCCUGGACAUCCUGGUGAUGAAGGUGGACCGGGAGAAAGAGGUCCUCCAGGUAUUAAUGGAACUCAAGGUUUUCAAGGAUGUCCAGGACCAAGAGGUCAAAAGGGUGCACAUGGAUACAAUGGUGAAAAGGGGGAAGUUGGAGAGAUUGGUUUGGAUGGCAUCAACGGAGAAGAGGGCAAAGCUGGAGUUGUUGGACCACCAGGUGACAGAGGCAACUAUGGGCAAAGGGGUCCUAAAGGUGCGAAAGGCCAGAAAGGAGAUGGGGGCCAGACUGGAAUUCGAGGAGAUCCAGGCGUUUCAGGAAAGGAUAAUACCCAAAGAGGACCGAAAGGAGAUCCAGGCGAUGCUGGGCCACCGGGUCAACCUGGAGAAGACGGCAAGAAGGGAGGUCCAGGAGAAGCAGGGAGACGGGGUUCUGACGGUAGAAGGGGUCCACCUGGGCAAGCUGGUCCUGUUGGAAAGCCUGGAGCGGAUGGUCUUGCUGGAGAGCCUGGAAUAGGAGGAUCAAGAGGUCCCAGCGGACCAGUUGGAACACCAGGGUCCAGGGGAGAGGAUGGCAAUCCAGGACCAAGAGGCGCAGGAGGAGCCCCAGGACCAGCCGGGGAAAAGGGACGACGUGGUGUGGUUGGUCGGAAGGGUGAACCUGGAGACCCAGGACCUAAGGGUGCUAUAGGACCACCAGGACCCAGAGGAGAGCCUGGAGACGAUGGGCGGGAUGGCUUUGGACUACCUGGUCCUAAAGGAAGGAAGGGAGAUGAAGGUUUCCCUGGAUACCCAGGUCUAAAGGGGGCAGCUGGUGAUUCUGGAACCGGUGGGGGACCUGGACCCAAAGGAAACAGUGGCCAAAGAGGUGUUGCAGGCGGUGUUGGUGACCCUGGGCAGAAGGGGGAUGACGGACAUCCCGGUCCUUAUGGGCCAAAAGGACCAAGAGGAUUGAGCAGAUCAACUUGUGACUUGGUCAAGAAAAUUAGAGAUAACUGUCCAUGCUGUUAUGGAGCUCACGAAUGUCCUUUGUAUCCCACUGAGCUGGCUUUUGCCAUGGAUGCAUCGUCUGGUGUGACAAAAGAUAAUUUUGACGGCAUGAAGGACGUUGUCCUGCGUCUGGUGAAUGACAUUACCAUCACUGAGAGCAACUGUCCACGAGGAGCUCGAGUGGCACUAACUCUCUACAACAGUGAGGUAACCACUGAUGUCCGCUUCUCUGAUUCGUUGAGAAAAAGUGCACUGAUGGAACGGGUGCAAGGCUUACAGGCUCUCAGGACAAGCAAGAAACGCAACUUAGAAGCAGCCAUAAACUUUGUGGCCCAAAACACCUUUAAGAGGGUGCGAAGUGGCUUCUUGAUGCGCAAGCUGGCUGUGUUCCUUGUGAAUGAAGCUGUGGAAUUCAACAAAGAGCUAAACAAUGCUGCUUUGCGACUCUUUGACGCUGGAAUCACCACUUUCUUCCUCAUGCCUCGUCCACCAAGAAAAGACCUGCAGGUAAAUAACACUGUAUUAGCCUAUUUUAAGGAGCUGCCAACUCCAGGAACAGCAAAUUACGAAGCAAAAAUCAAGGAGAUACUUGACUGCCAAAUCUGCUUCGACACCUGCAACCCUAAUCCGGUGUGUGAUAUUAGGCUUCCAGGGGCCUCUAGGGGAAAAAGGGCCCCGACCACAGACUUAGAUGUUGACAUGGCUUUCCUUAUUGAUAGCUCUGAAAGCACUUGGCCAAAUAUCUUUACAGAAAUGAAACGGUACAUUGCUGAAAUGGUGAGUCACCUGGAGAUCGCAACAGAACCAGCUACAAGCAGCCAUCACGGUAGAGUCGCCUUGGUCCAGCAUUGCCCGUAUGAGUAUUUGCACAAUGAUAGCAACAUUCCUAUAAGCACGGCUUUCAGCCUGACAGACCACAAGUCAGUUCAUGAUAUCCAGAGCUUCCUACUGAACAAAGUGCAGCAACUUGAAGGGGGCCGUGCUCUGGCAGAAGCUCUGGAGAGUACAGUGGAGCGUGUGUUUGAGAAAGCACCGCAUCCACGCCAGCUGAAGGUGCUUGUUCUGCUUGUGACUGGGUCGGUGCAAGAAAAUAAAGAGAAGCUGCUGAAGGCUGCCAUUGAUGUCAAAUGCAAAGGUUAUUUCAUUGUGGUCUUAGCAGUGGGUAAGCAGCUGAGUGCUGGAGAUGCUCAUAUCCUGGCCCAGAUGGCUAGCGAACCCUCAGAUGUUUUCUACAAGCGUGUAGAUGGACCUCUAGGCUUCUAUGAUGACCACCUUCAGAGGUUUGCGCAACUACUGCCCAAGUACCUUAGCUUAAAGGAUGCCUUCUACAUGUCUGCUGAAGUCUCAAAGAACUGCCAAGAGUACCAAAGUGACCAACCAAGCAGGUCCCAAAACACUUACAAGAACAACAAUAAACACCACGAGCAGAAACAGAAGGAAGAUGAGGAACAUAAACAUAAAGAAUUAAAUGCCGAGGACCCACACCUUGUCAACGUUACCUCCAAAAGUUUCACGUUGGUGUGGGUCAAUGAUGAUUCAAAAGCGAUUCGUGAGGUUACUGUCACCCACCUAAAGGAUCAUCGCAUAAUACUGCAGAGGAACGUGACCGGCCCCCAUCUUACACUCCAAGACUUGGAACCCAGUCAAACCUAUCAUGUUGUGGUCAUUGGACGCAGUUUCAAAGACAAGGUUACCCACAACUAUAAAGGCCUAAUCACCACAAAAGCAGAGGUUCCUGCGAGUGUUGCCACAGGUAACGCGAGUGGGAUCGUAGCAACCGUACCACUGAGUAAACCAGAGACUGUUAAUGAGUUUGCAGACCCAUGCUCACUUGACUUUGACACUGGACUACCAUGCAAAGACUAUGAGGCUAAGUGGUACUUUGACAAAAAGAAUGGAUUCUGUGUCGAGUUCUGGUAUGGAGGUUGUGGAGGCAAUGAAAAUAGGUUUGAGACUGAGGCACAAUGCCUUAAACACUGCAUCAAUACAGCGGACCUGCACCCACAGCAGAGUGUCGACAAGAUCAAAUUAGAGGAGCCUCCAGCUGUGGCUCCCCAGCUUUCAGUGAUGGACCUCUGCAAGCUUCCCAAGGAGGAAGGCACCUGUGCUCAGUUUGUCCUCAAGUGGCAUUAUGACUCCGUCAGCAAGAGCUGUACACGAUUCUGGUAUGGAGGCUGCGGUGGUAACCUGAAUCGAUUCGACACACAGAAGGAGUGUGAAAAAGCAUGUGGAAAUGCAGCUGCUGUUCAGGCCCCCAUCAUUCCUACAGUCAGCACAUGAAGGGACACUGUUGAUUUAAGGGUCACCUCUGAGGACACACUUACCAAAACCAAGUUGCCUGCACUGGAUUCUUCCAGAGGAAACCUUUAACCUUCUUUCUUUUCUUUUUGGGAAAAAAAGCCAAACAGGUCAUUGCAUGAUGUUUUUGUACUGGUGCUAGAUAUUUUUGUUUUGUUUUGUUUUUGUUUGUUUUUCAUUUUUCCCCAAAUACAUUACAGUGUCUAAAUAGCUAAAACCCAGGACAAAAGAUAUUUUGUUAUUGCUGUUUUUUUUGUUUUUCUUUACAUGUAUGAACUGCUUAAUGAAAGCUUAUCAUUAUUCCUUUUUGGGGCUAUAGGGAUCACCUCAUGUGUGUGUGUGUGUGUGUGUGUGUGUGUGUAUGUGUGUGUGUGUGUGAGAGAGAGAGAGAGAGAGAGAGAGAGAGAGACUGUGUGUGGUUUGUUUAGUAUUUUCCUAGUUUUAAGACAUUAAUGUACGUUGUAUCUCACUAGACGCUCUCAAGCCGUCAUUACGCUUCUCACUGCUUGUUUGCACAAAGUCUCUUCGCAUUCUCUGUUCAGAUGUUGAAAUCACGCUCAUUCAUGAAAGAUUGAAAUGUUUUAUUAAAAGCAUCUAUUCUGAAUGUUACUCUUCUGAUUUAUGCAUUUGGUGUUUAAAUAAAUCUGGCAGUGUCUAAUUAGAUCAUCCUCUCGAUGUAUAAGGUCACCACUAUUAAAUACUUUAAAUACUGGAAAAGUGCAAAACAGAAUUCACCCUGACUCGGUUUCGUGCCUGUCGAUGUGUGUGUGUGUGUUUGUGUUUGUGUGUGUGAUGUGUGUGUGUAAGGUAAAAAUUUUUUUCACCUUUGUGUUUCACAAAGAAAUCAGAAGACGUUAAUAAAUUAGUCUUUACACUA